GGUAGAGAGCGAGAGAGAGUGAGUUUGGAAACACUCAGCAUCCCAUAAAUUUGACCUAUUCAUAAGACGUCUUUGGAAAGAGCGAGAGGAGAGAGAUCCCUUCUGAACGGCCUAGACGCCACUAGCCCCGAGACCCAGCGCCUAUCUCCUCACUCUGACUUCCACGCUCCACCCCGGAGAGGAAGGAGGCAUGGGCUCCCAAUCUCUCUGGGCCACGUGUAUCCGUACCACGUUCGCUCUCCUCAUCGUCUCCCUCUACCUCCCAGCACCAUCUGCAGCACAAGUGAUGGCUCCCAGUGACCUGCAGUUCAAGAUGCUGCCCGAGAGCACGGACCUGCACGUGACGUGGACCCCGUCCAAGAGCCGCAUCCUGGGAUACAGGAUCAGCAUCCUGCAGACGGACCCGCCCUCCGAUGCGCCCCCCCGUGACGUGGAGCUGCCCCGAGGUGCUCGGAGCACGAAGCUGAGCGGUCUGAAGCCAGGGUCAACGUAUCGUCUCACGAUGGUUGCCUACAACAAGAAGGAGCAGAGCGCGCCCAUCAUCGGCGAGCUCACAAUUUCGUCAGUGGAGCAGAAACCCAUUUCGGCCCCGCAGAGGUCAAGCUCCAGCAGGGUGAAGCCCGGCCGUGCAGAGGUCACGGAGUCAAGAACCGGGACCCUCAUGCAAGGCUGUUCCCCGGAUCUGGUGGUCGAUCUGGUCUUCAUCGUGGAUGGCUCCUGGAGCAUUGGCAACCCGAACUUCCAGCGAAUCCGAACUUUCCUGCGAGCGUUUGCCACCGCCCUGCCUGUGGGCCUAGACAAGGUCCGCAUUGGGCUGAUUCAGUACGGCACGGACGCGCGGGAGGAGUUCCCGCUCAAGCGCUACAAGAACAGUGCGCAGGUGGCCCGGGCCCUCACCGGGAUGCCCUACAAAGGGGGUAACACCAUGACAGGCGAUGCUCUGACCAUGGCUCUGAAGUCGGGAUUCUCGGAGAAGGCCGGCGCUCGGGACGGAGUCUCGCGAGUGGCCAUACUGGUGACGGACGGGCGCUCCCAGGACUCGGUGCUGGAUCCCGCGCUCGAGCUGAAGCAGGCUGGCGUGGAGCUCUUCGCUCUGGGCAUUAAGGAAGCCGACGAGCAGGAGCUGAAGUCGGUGGUGUCGCCGCCGAUCUCGCAGCACCUCGUCAUGGCCACGGAGUUUGAUGACAUCGAGGGCGUGACGGACACUUUCGUGAGCGCCGUGUGCAACGCCGCCGCGCGGCAGAUGUCCCUGCGCAGCACGCCUGACGAGCUGCUGCCCGCGGAGGCGCUGGAGCUCACGGAGGUCGGCACGCAGAGCAUGCGCGCCUCGUGGACCCACGCUCGCGGGCGGGGGCUGCGUGGGUACCGCGUUGAGACGCGGGCCGUGCUGGGUGGAGACGAGGAGAGCGUCACGGUGAGGGACUCGGUGAACAGCGUGCUCGUCGAGGGGCUGCGGCCGCAGACGUCGUACGAGGUGAAGGUGUACGCCAUCUAUCAGGAUGACGAGAGCGAGCCCGUCACCGCCGAGGAGUCCACGCAGGAGGAGCGGGGAAUCCCUACGAGCGUGCAGGUGACGGCGGAAUCGUCGGAGAGCCUGCGCGUGGAGUGGAUCCCGGCGCCGGGCCCCGUGUGGUCGUACCGCGUGCGCUACUCGGCCGUGGGCGCCCGCGGUGCCGGCACCCGCGGCGGCAAAAACGACGCCGACAGCGGGGACGUGUUGGUGACGGGGGAGGAACGCAGCGCCACGCUGGGAGGCCUGCGCUCCGACACGGAGUACGCCAUCAGCGUCGUAGCCGAGUACGACUCCGGCGUGAGCGACCCGGCCGUGGGUCGGGGCAAGACUCCCGCAGAACGCGGCCGUCCGGGUGACGUCGUUUUGACGGACUUCACGUCGAGCGGCAUGACGGUGACGUGGGGCCCUGCGCCUGGCCCCGUGCAACGCUACCGCGUGACCUAUGCGCCCGUGACCCCGGGCCCCGGGACCUCGGACAAACCGGGCAAGGUGAUACUGGGGCCCAACGACUUCCAGACCGUGCUGGGCGGAAUGGACCCCGGCACGCGCUACCGGGUGGAAGUGCGAGCGGUGUACGCGGCUGGGGAAGGGGAGCCUGCCCACAGGGAGGGCAGCACCACCACAGAUGGAGGAGACCCUGGCACGCUGACCGUAUCCGAGAGCACUCCCAACAGCUUCCGUGUAUCAUGGCAGGCAGCAAGGGGAGCAGUGGAGAACUACCGCCUGCUGUACCGACCGGAGAGCGGGCCGGGCAAGUCGGUGUCCGUGCGCGUCCCCGCGGCUGCCCAGUCCAUCAUGCUCAAGAAGCUACGCCCCAGCACCGAGUACCAGCUCUCCGUGUUCCCCGUGUACGCAUCAGGCGAGGGGAAGCCUGCUCAGGGGAAAGGCUCCACCACUGCGGUGAAUGCCCUGCGACCUCCCCGGGACCUCACGCCAAGCGAGGUGACACUCACCAGCGCCCGACUCACCUGGAAGCCCCCCACAGCCCCGCAGCCCUCCAAUGGGCUCCCCACUGGAUACCAGCUUUCGUACCAAGCCGACGGGGCCACGGGCCCCCCCAAAAAGGCUUCUAUGCCGGCCUCCGACACCACCUAUGUGCUGCCGAACCUCAAGCCAGACACGUUGUAUCGCUUUGGAGUACAAGCCGUGUACAAGACUGGCAUGAGCCCAGCAACAGAGGGGACGCUCCGCACGGGAAAACCAGGGGCCACCUCACCUGCGUCGUUCGAGUGUUCUUCCCCAUCAGUGGCCGACAUCGUCAUCCUGGUGGACGGCUCGUGGAGCAUCGGCCGCCUCAACUUCCGCCUCGUGCGGCAGUUCCUUGAGGCCCUGGUGCAGGCCUUCAACGUGGCCUCCGACAAGACGCGCAUCGGUCUCGUGCAGUAUAGUGGGGACCCCCGUACCGAGUGGGACCUCAACACGUACAGCACCAAGGAAGAGGUUUUGGAGGCAGCCAGGAACCUGCCAUACAAAGGGGGUAACACCCUCACAGGGCUGGCGCUGCUGCACGUGCUGGAGCAGAGCUUUGGCAUGGAGCGGGGGGCACGUUCCUUGCUGCCCAAGAUCGGGAUCCUGGUGACGGACGGGAAAUCUCAGGACGAGGUGCAGGACCCCGCUCGCCAGAUGCGCGACCGCGGCAUCGAACUCUUCGCCAUCGGCAUCAAGAACGCAGACGAGAGCGAGCUGCAGCUAAUCGCGUCACCCCCGCAUGCCGACCACAUGUACAUCGUCGCCGACUUCAACGUGCUGGACUCCAUCAUCGAGGGCCUCACCCGCACGCUCUGCAACCGCGUUGAAGCACAGUUCAUCCUCAUCAACGAGGAGCCCACCUCUGCGCCGCGCCUCUCUCCUCGGGCCCUCGUCACGUCGGACCCGACGCACGGCUCGUUCCGCGUGGCGUGGAAACACCCGGGUGGCGGCGCCGCACCCCUGCGCUACCGUCUGGAGUACGUGCCCAAGAAUGGAGGCGAUCCGGAACAGAAGCACGUGAACGGCUCCGUGCUGCUGACGACGCUGAAGAACCUGAAACCGCUCACCGAGUACCGGGUGUCAGUCUUCGCUGAGUACCCGGCCGGGGACAGCGAUCCGCUCUCCGGGACCGAGACCACACUGGCGCUGACGGUGCCCCGCGCCCUGCGUCUGUCGGACGUCACCGACGCGAGCAUGCGGGCCACAUGGGAGCGCAUCCCGGGCGCCAUCGGCUACUCGCUGCUCUACACGCCAGCCUCAGGGGGGGGCAGUAAGGAGGUGGACGUCGGGCAGGACCAGGAGGAGCUGCAGCUGACGGAACUCCUCCCGGGCACGGAGUACACCGUGUCGCUUGUUGCCCGCUACCCGGAAGGAAGGAGCGAACCCCUGCGCAAAAAAGAAAGCACUCUGCCGGCUGUGACUCGUUGGCUGCGCCUGUCGGACGUGACCCACAGCACGAUGACCGUGUCCUGGCAGCCGUCGCGACGGCCGGUGCAGCACUACCGCCUGCGCUACCAAGCCGCAGGCGUCGACCCAGAGGAGGUCCUUGUUGACGCGAGCUCCACUUCGACCGUGCUGAAAGACCUCAUCUCCAACACUCGCUACAACGUCACCGUGACGACCGUGAUCACUCAGGGAGACAUUGAGCCGCUGACGGGGGCCGAGACCACACUGAAGAGCCCCCCUCCGAGGAACAUGCGCUUCUCGGAGGUCAAGAAGGACUCGUUCCGUGUCACAUGGGACGCGGCCGCUCCCGACGCGCAGCUCUACACCAUCCGAUGGGCCCCGCGCGACGGAGGCCCCUCCAAAGAGACGAUCGUCGAUGGUGACGUCACGAGCACCGUGCUACCGGAUAUGUCCGAGGACACGGAGUACGUCGUCACCGUGACGGCAGUGUACCCCGACGAGACCGAGAGCGACCCGCUGUCCGACGCCCAGAAAACCCUGGACGGGAAGCCUCCACCCACUUCUUCUCCAGUGCGCGGCGUGCCCCGUAACGUGCAAGUGCGUGACGAGACGACGACGUCAAUGGAGGUGGUGUGGGACCCAGCCGAUGGACCUGUGCGACUCUAUCGCAUCACCUACACGCCCCCGGAUGGGACAAGCCACUCGGAAACGGUGACUGUGCCCGGGCGCCGGUCCUCAGUGAAGCUGCAGAAGCUGCGUGCGGGGACCAAGUACCACUUGCAGGUCACCGCCGUCUACCCGGAGGGAGACGGUGACGAGUCCUCCACCACCGGCACCACACUUCCCCAAGCUCCGCCCCGGAACCUGCGCGUGUCCGACGAAUCGUUCACGCGCUUCCGGGUCACGUGGGAGCGAGCGUCGUCACCGACCAUCGGCUACCGCGUCGUGCAUCAGCGUAAAGCGGGCGGAGCUCCCAAGGAGACGUUCGUCGGCGACGACGUCAACUCGAUGAUGCUCACCGAGCUGGAUCCCGGGACCGAGUACAACGUCACCGUGUUCGCCACUUACCCCGGGGGUGCCAGCGAGCCCGUCCGCAGCACAGGGAGAACGCUGUCCCAAGAGGCUCCACGGAACUUGCGUGUCACGGAGGAGUGGUACACACGCUUCCGCGUCACAUGGGACCUCUCUCCUGUCCAGACCAACGGCUACCGCGUCACCUACCAGCCCAAAGCGGGGGGGCAGCCCGUGCAGGUGACGGUGGCGGACGGAGUGAACACGGCCAUGCUGAAUAACCUACAGCCCGGAACGGAGUACGACGUGAGCGUCUCCGCCAUCUACCCCAGCGGAGACAGCCAGCCCCUGCAGGGAGCCGGCCGAACCCUCUCCCAAGAGUCUCCGCAAAACAUGCGUGUGUCCGAGGAGUGGUUCACGCGGUUCCGUGUCACCUGGGAUCGCGCUCCUUCGCCCACCAAUGGCUACCGUAUCGUCUAUCGGCCUCGAGCGGGAGGGCAGCCCAUGCAGGUGACGGUAGCGGAUGGCGCCAACACGGCCAUGCUGAAUAACCUGCAGCCGGGAACGGAGUACGACGUGAGCGUCUCCGCCAUCUACCCCAGCGGAGACAGCCAGCCGCUGCAGGGGACCGGCCAAACGCUGUCCCAAGAGGCACCUCAGAACCUGCGGGUGACGGACGAGUCCUUCACGCGGUUCCGGGUCACGUGGGACCGCACGCUCGGGCCCACCAACGGCUACCGCGUCGUCUACCGACCAAUCGCGGGCGGAACGCCCAUGGAGGUGAUCGUCGGCGACACGGACACCACGAUGCUCACGAACCUACGGCCAGGGACAUCGUACGACGUGAACGUGUACGCCCUGUACCCCGGCAACGGCGCCAGCGAGCCCAUUCAGGGCAUCGGCACCACGCUCAUCCCUAAAACAGUGAACCUGCGGAGUAACAACAUCACGCCCAAGAGCUUCUGUGUGCAGUGGGACCGCGUUCGCGAUGCCUAUUCGUACCGCGUCGUCUUCGAGCCAGUGGACGGUGGCGACAGGCAUGAGUUCCCGGUGCCGGGGAGCGUGACGAAUCAGUGCGCGUACAACCUGGUCCCGGGCAUGGAGUACCGAGUCACCAUCACCGUGGGUCUGCCGGAUUACCAGGGCCCUCCUACCACCAUCAACCAGCGCACGUUGCCGGCCCCAACAUCAGCUCCCACAACUCCCAAGCCUCCGCCCACCAUCCCUCCUGCACGCACAGAGUGCAAGGGGGCGAAGGCCGACCUGGUGUUCAUGGUGGAUGGCUCUUGGAGCAUCGGAGAUGAGAACUUCCAAAAGGUCAUCAACUUCCUGUGGAACAUGGUGGGCGCCCUCGACCGCAUAGGGCAGGACGGCAUGCAGGUGGCGGUGGCGCAGUUCAGCGACACAUCCCGCUCCGAGUUCACCCUCAAGAUGCACAAUUCCAAGGAAACCCUGCUCCAAGCCAUCACCAAUAUCCAGUACAAGGGCGGCAACACCAAGACCGGCAAGGCGCUGGAGUUUGUUCGCGACGCGAUGUUCGCCGCCCAGUCGGGCGUGCGCCGCGGGUUGCCGCAGGUGCUCGUUGUCAUCACGGACGGGCGCUCGCAGGAUGACGUGUCGGCCGUCGCGCAGAAGAUUCAGCAGGACGGCGUGUCCGUGUUUGCGAUCGGCAUCGCGGACGGCGACUACGCGGAACUGCGCGCCAUCGGCUCCUUGCCGAGCGAGCGCCACGUGUUCCUGGUGGAGGACUACGAGGCGUUCCGCUCCCUGGAGGACCACCUCAUAACCUUCGUGUGCGAGACCGCCUCCGCAACAUGCCCGCUCGUCCACCUCGACCGCUACACCAUCUCAGGGUUCAAGAUGAUGGAGGCGUUCCAGCUGACCGAGCGUCUCUACGCCAACGUGAGCGGAGUCUCCAUGGAGCCCGGCUCCUUCAACUCGUUCCCCUCGUUUCGGAUUCACAAAGAGGCUGCGCUGAGACAGCCUACCAGGGAGGUGCUGCCGGAGGGGCUGCCCCCCGCGUACACGGUGUCGUUCAUGAUGCGCAUGCUGCCCGAGACGCCCUCGCAGCCGUUCACCGUGUGGGAGCUCCGCGACGAAGCGGACAAACUCCAAGUGGGCGUCCUCCUCGACGCCAAGGCAAAGUCUUUGACCUUCGAGUACAUGGAUGACGCGGGGAAGUUGCAAAGCACCAGCUUCAAGGGCCCGGAUGUUCAGAAGCUCUUUUACGGCAGUUUCCACAAGGUGCACGUGGUGGUGAACGACUCGGCGGUGCGGCUGCACGUGGAUUGCCACGCCGUCGACGAGCAGCCGUCCUGGCCCCUGGGCAACGUGAGCACCGCCGGAGAGCAGAGCCUGGGCCGGCGCCGGGGAGACUCCGCCAGCGCAGAGUUCCAGCUGCAAAUGUUCGACAUCGUGUGCAGCGUCAACUGGGCGGAGAGAGACAAGUGCUGCGAACUGCCCCACUUGCGAGAUGAGGCCAAAUGCCCCGCGCUCCCCCAUGCCUGCACUUGCACUCAGGACAGCAUCGGCCCUCCUGGUCCUCCUGGCCCCCCGGGUGGUUCUGGGUUAAGGGGACCACGCGGAGAAUCUGGAUUGCAAGGACCUCAGGGAUCUUCCGGUCUUAGGGGAGAUCAAGGCCCAAUGGGACCCCAGGGUCCUCCUGGGCCUCAAGGCCCCAAUGGCCUCUCCUUGCAGGGGGAACCGGGACGGAAAGGAGAGAAAGGAGAAACGGGCAUUCAGGGACAGAAUGGACCUCCGGGACCCCAAGGCCCGCAGGGAGUAAUGGGGAGACCAGGUUCUGCAGGACAACGGGGGCCUGCAGGAAAAGAUGGCGGCACAGGCCCACCUGGCCCUCCAGGCCCCAUGGGUGGACCUGGGACGCAGGGAAUCCAAGGCAACGAAGGGAAACUAGGCCCUGUUGGGCCUAAGGGACAGCUGGGUCUAACGGGACCAAAAGGAGAGCGAGGAGAGAGGGGAGACUCUCAGAGUCAGAAUCUGGUGAGGUCCCUGGCUCGGCAGGUCUGUGAGCAGAUCAUCAACGAGCACGUGCGAAGGUUCAACUCCAUGUUAAACCAGAUCCCCAACAACGGAGCCCCCGUGCGCAGCGAACCAGGACCCCCAGGUCCCCAGGGACCCCCGGGUCGCCCUGGCCUGCGAGGGGAGCCCGGUGCGGCAGGACGUCCCGGCUUCCCGGGGUCUCCUGGAAUCCCCGGCCUUCAAGGAGGGAGAGGUUUGACAGGAGAGAAGGGAGAGCGGGGUGGUCCUGGAAAUGGUAUCCGUGGACAGGACGGGCCCCCCGGCCCCCCAGGCCGCCCUGGUACCGGGAUCCCAGGCAACACGGGUCGACCCGGUAUGGCUGGGCCACCCGGCCCCCAGGGUCGACCCGGGUCCCCUGGGUCCAAUGGCCCCCCGGGACCCCCUGGAUUCUGCGACUCAUCUCAGUGUGCGGGUUACUCCUUUGGAGCUCCAUCAUUGGGCGGUGGCUUUGAGUGAUGAAGUGCCUCCCACAGUGGCAGGAAAGCAACGAUGCACUGAUUACAUUGAACGUUCACACGAUGUUUGAUAACUAACAGCCACCAGGUCAUAGCUGCCCACAUAUGCUUUAUUUUAUACCAACAAGUAAGUUACUUUACACCUAAAAUAGUAGUGCCUUAUGCCUGUACACAACUUACUACAUUAUAACCGCACAUAUUGUUUUAUACCGACAGCUACUGACCCACAGGCGUGCGCACACACGCACACAGUUUAUGCGUAAACUUGCGUGCGGCUACGCAGAAAUAAUGUAGCUACGCGCAUGCGCAGCUGUGUUCAGUCGGAUGCACUCACUCGCACACCAGAGGUACACGGAGUUGCGUGGUCACGUUUCCAACGAAGAACCCUCAUGCUACACAUUUGAUGACACAUUACGGAAAUGUAUUUUGCUCGGUUUUAGCUUAUUUUAUUAUUGGCUUCGUUUUUUUCUUUUUUUUAUUAUAUAUAUGAAAUUUUUUGUGAAAAUAGAGCGGGGAUAUGGCAUAAUUCUCGAAAAGAGGAGAAAUCUGAAAACUGGUAUGUUUGGACAAAUCUUUAUUCGCAUUUGUUCACGUGGGGGAGGAAACGGCAGCACGCAGAGAAACCCCACGUACAUUCGAGACAAUAACAUUCCAUCGGAGGGUCAAACUUUCGUUAUUUGGUGAUGCUCCAUUGGCAGUAGUGGACAAGCGCAAGUAUGUUAUGAAGAAUUCCCAUUCGCCAAUUAAAUAUAUUUUUCCUAUUAAGGCCGCAGUGUUAUUUACAAAUGAUAGGAAAGUCAGCAACGUGUUUUUUUUCUUCCGUACUGCCAUCCGCUUGCCACAGUAUUUACCCUGCAGAUUGUGAGCUGCACAACACGCUCGAUUAAAUUUGCCAUCACGGCCUUCGAAUCGCUUGACCUAACAGUCUCCCAGCGGCAUUUUUAUUUCGUAAAACGUUUCGCAGUCACGUUAAGGAAUCUGGUGGCACAGAAAGGAGCCAUCGUGCUUGGCUUGCAGGUGACAGCUCAUACCAGACGCAGCCCCACCCCACCCCAUUGUUAGGUGGCGUGGGUCAUAGGGGACCGAUACAAUUUGCCUUUAAUACCAAAGACCACAUUCCCAUAUGUGACCCAGGGUGGGUGCGUCUGGGAUAAUGUGUAAAAGUUUGGAGUCAAACGAGGCUCUUUUUCAUAAUUGGAACACGCGUUGGCCCCUUCUCAUCAAUGCAACUAUGCACUCCUUAUAAACCACUCAUUUAUUUCAUUACCAGAAGGUCAUGCCACUGCCCCAAAGUGGCCCGAACCAUUAAUCAAAGUGAAUGUUUUUUAGUCUUCAAAAUUACAGUACGCAAUUUCCCACGACUGCAACGUUUCAGCCUUCUCGGAUCCGCCAAGCAGCUCGCGUGCCCAAAAGUGCACGUCGUGAAAUUGCUCUCUCGUAAUUGUGAACAAGAUUGGCUAGCGUUGAAAACUAUCUGUGGCUGAGCUCAGCCUCGGUCGUAAUGCGUUUUGUUGCCUUCGAAGCUUGCGUACCAUCGAUUCUCCCAAGUCGAUGAUUCAGUGAACUUGUUCAACACACCGCAUCGCCAAGCACUGGCGGAGCCAGUGGGGUGGAGUGGCACGUGCCCCCCCCUCGCCCCCCCCCCCCCAAUGAGCCGAUCUAAAUCCCUAAUUUCGAUCGGAUCAUUGGGGUUUAUUAGUAAUUAAUCGGCAUUUUGCGACCCCCACUGCACUGAGUAGCAUAUUAUUAUGUGCCAGGGACUCUAUGAGAUGAUAGGACAAUAGAGUCCAUAAUUGCCAAUAAGUAACGGCAAAGCAGUUAUAAGUGACUCAGAAUUGUGCACAGUUGCGUAUAGAGUCCACGAUUUCCCUGAAGGCAUCAGCACCUUCAGCAAACGCGAUGCUGAUCACACAACGCGGUUCGAAUUCGACACCUCGAUCGAUGGCUGCGCCAUCGCCGCACACGCGUCGAAUAAAAAGCAACGGACAUGUCCUUACUAACAACUCCUAUAAUUUUUCAUUGCUGGAGGGGUUGCCCCCCUACCUGAAUAUCCCGGCUCCGCCAUUGUCGCCAAGGUGAUGCUUGAUGGAAUAAAUUAACUCGCUUUACUGCACUAACCGAGCCUUAUUUAGCUUUUUAUUGUUUAAAUGAAAACAUUAUCGGUUGUAGUCCUUUGCUUCGCUCGUUCCAGCCAAAGCUGUUGUAAUGUCUGAUACGGUAAGUAUAGCCUUCCACGUUUAAAUGUUUUUAAGGGGUGUUGAGUAAAACUCGAUUGUGGAAAAUCCUGCGGCCCUAUUUGACCUAUGUCGGGGCGACCCUGUGUAAGAUUUGUACGAAGUUUGCGUAUUUAUUUGUGUCGGUGUGAAAUAAAAAAAAAUCCAACGAAAUUGUACACUA